CGUACGCCCAGCAACCAGCACGAUGCGCGCACACACGCCCCUUGUUCUCGCCGCUGCCUUCGCCGUCAUCGCUGCUGUCUGCACUCACGCGUCUGCCGCCAACCUGCGCGAAUACUGCAGCUCCACGAGCGACUGCGCGGCUAUACAGUACGCCAACUGCACGGAUAACAAGUGCGUGUGCGGCCCGGGUUACUUCCCCAACUACAACGGCACCGCAUGCCAUCACAGGAGCGAGGCGUACGAAGCGCCGUGCCGUGAUACGGGGGAGUGCCAGCAGGUUCUGGGCAACAAGUCGAUCUGCCAGAAGAGACUCAUCGGCAAUGACACGACGGAGCGCUGCCUCUGCCUGAUGAGCAACCACUACGACCGCCAGAACCACACCUGUCAGAAGAGCCUGCGUCUGAACGACAAGUGCACGGGCGGUGUGGAAGGCGUGUGUCACCUGGAGCUGGACGGCGCCAACCAGCACGUGCGCUGCGCUAGCAACGGCACCUGCGCCUGCGAGGACGGCUACGUGCCCGACUACCUCGUCAUGAGAUGCAAUUCGGCCCCGCGGCUGGAGUGGCUGUCUCUGAGCUGCUUGCUGGGACUGUUGGCGGUGGCGCUGGUGUCGUAGGGGCAGGAGGGGUACACAACGCGGGACGUGCGCCGGACGGCGUGUGACGGCUGUCUCAGCAGCUACACCUGUCUGGACAGUACUGCUCCCGACAAGACCAAGCACAGCGUAAUCGCCUGCGAACAUUUCAUCACCCAUCACAUUACUACUUUUGUUAUUUAGAAAUGGUACAAUAUAGCUGUAGGGUUUUCGUAUAUGUACUCAAAGGAAA